AUGGAGCCGCACGUCGAUCCUCGAGCAAUUCUCGAGUUGACUGGGCACCCACCUAAGCGCCACCGCUCAGAUAGUAGCGAAAGCUACGACAAAGUCAAACGCCAAAAUGUCCAAGUCGACGAACCGCUUCCCACACUUGCCAUUCUUGGCCAAUGCGAAGCUUCGCAAGUGACAACUUGUACCUUCGAAACUCAUGGAAUUCUGGAGUCUAGCAACGCUAGGCCGGUCGAGUCUCCAGGAAGCUUGUGGGACCCCUCUCAACGAGCAUCGCAAAUGAACAAGUCCGACUAUUUUGAUGAUUCCGACUUGGACCAGUACUUGGACGAACUUGACGAAUCUACAGACAAGAUGCUUUCUAGGUUUCAAGCACGUCAGGAAGGUGACACAGACAUUGUCGAACUGGAAGACUCUGACGAGGACGCCUUCACGGAGCUUUUGGAUGAGGCGUCAUAG